AUGGCUCUCCCCAGAUCAGAAUACCUCUCCUCCACCUGGCGCGAUGGAAUCUUCGACAAUAAAGUCGUAUUCUGCACCGGCGGCGGCGGAACCAUAUGUUCAGCGCAAGUCCGGGCACUCGUGCAUCUCGGCGCAAACGCCUGCAUCUUAGGACGUAAUGUCGAGAAGACAGAGAAAAUGGCACAGAGCAUUGCUACUGCGCGGAAAGGGGCGAAGGUGAUUGGGAUUGGUGGGGCGGAUGUGAGGAGUAUUGAGAGUCUGGAAAAGGCUGUGGAGAGGUGUGUGAGGGAGCUGGGUGGCAUUGAUUAUGUGAUUGCUGGGGCAGCAGGCAAUUUCUUGUCUCCCAUCGCCGGACUGUCGGCGAAUGCGUUUAAAACAGUCAUGGACAUCGAUACACUCGGUUCGUACAACACGCUGAAAGCUACGAUCCCCUACCUCAUCGAGUCCGUAAAGAAAAAUCCGAAUACCGGGACGAAUACAUCAACAGGCGGCAGAAUCCUGUUCAUAUCAGCGGCGUUCCACUAUACGGGGAUGCCGUUACAGACACAUGCUGCGGCUGCGAAGGCGGGGGUCGAUGCUAUCAUGGCGGGGACUGCGUUGGAGUAUGGUCCGUAUGGGAUUACUAGUAAUGUUAUCACACCUGGACCUAUCGCCGGCACAGAAGGCAUGGCCCGUCUCGGCGACCCGAAAUCCGAAGCCACCGGCGCAGCACAGCGGAAAAAUCCAUUAGGUCGCUACGGAACAGUCAAGGAGAUCGCAGAUGGAACGGUGUAUCUGUUUGCGGACACGGGGAGCUAUGUUAAUGGCGAGGUGCUGGUUAUUGAUGGUGGUGGAUGGAGGUCUACGGGUGCUUUUGAUGGAGAGAAGACUUAUCCAGAUUAUUUGCUUGAUGGGACUUUUACGAAGAAGGCGAAAUUGUGA